AUGGUGUUUACACCAUUUACUGGUGUUAAUAAUCAUACAAAGUCUAUUACUUUUGGGGCUGGGUUGUUGACAAAAGAGGAUAUUGAGUCAUAUGUGUGGUUGUUUGAGAAAUUCAAGGAAGCGAUGGGUAGUGAGCCAGUAGGAGAUAAGGAUGGCCCUUCAUUGAGUAAAAAUGAGACUUUUAGGUCAAAGUUGAAUUCUGUUGUAUGGAGUCAUUAUUUGGAACCAGCUGAAUUUGAUUAUCAAUGGAAUCUUGUCAUGGAGGAGUUUGGGUUGUUGGAGCAUAGUUGGCAUUUUGAUCGUGCGAUUGAUAGUCAACGCUAUUCUAUUAAUAAACUCAACAGUGACUCGGAGGCAUGUUUUCCAGAUUUGAAGACACCACUGUCUAUGGAGAAACAUGCUGCAUAUGUGUAUAUUCUUACAGUUUUUUAUUUGGUGCAAGCUGAGAUUUGUGCAGCAUGUUUUAGCUGUCGAGUUCUAAAUGUUCGGGAUGACCAAGGAGUUUUGUAUUAUGAUAUUAAAGACGGAAAUGACCGAGUGUUUAGGGUGGUGCAUAAUGUUGCUGAAGUCAAAGCUUCAUAUGGAUGUAAACUGUUUGAAAGGGUAGGAUUGCUUUGUAGGCAUAUUUUUGUAGUUUUCAAAGAUUUGAACUUGGAUUCAAUUCCAUUGGUCUAUGUAGUUAACCGGUGGACCAAGAGUGAAUCAUUGGGUCAAACUUUUGAUAUUGAUGGUGUUGUUGUUGAUCAAUGUGGAGGUGUUGAUGAGAAGUUGGUGAUUUUGAAAAAUGUUUGGUUAGAUAUUCAAUGUUGUGUUAGUGUGGUUCAGUCUGACAUUGAUCGUUUGAAAGUGUUUUCCCAGAUCAUUAAGGACCACAAAGAUAUGCUUUUGGCUGAUAAGGGUGGCUGUUCUUCUGCUGUUGAUAAGAGGUUAGUCAUUGAGUCAAUAUGUGGUUCUUCAGUCCCUUCCGAAGUUUCUAUUCUUCCACCAAACAAAGCAAAGAACAAGGGUAGUGGCAGGCGCAUUAAACGUUGCAAGGAGAUUGCCAUUGAACAAAGUAAGAAGGAGAGGACUUGCAAGACUUGCAACAAACCUAAUCAUGAUAGUAGGAAUUGUGUGUUGAGGAAAAUGAAGGAUAAGGUGUGCAGUUUAUAG